GUGAGUGAAGUAACUUUAUUUCGGUCCAGAGAAGACGCAGGGGAGACCCCGCGCCACCCGGCUAGUCCCACGUAGGGACCGCCAAGCCGAGCUUGACGGCCCGAUCGCGGAAAGUGGUUUUGGCACGUAAAACCCCAUAAUUUAAUUUUCAAAAUCAUACUCCAUAGACACUAAUCUCGCCGUGACGCCUCUUCAUACGCUGCCCACUAUUCCCCCAGAACGCUGGUUUGGCUAUGGGUCCCAUCCACUACCAAGCUCUUGUCCAAGUACCACGGUCCUUACAGAAUCCUAGAGCAAGCGUCGCCCGUGAACUAUGUCAUCGAGCUGGUCGAGUCAGCUCCUGACAAUCAGUCAGCUUCUGCCUAGGUCGCCAGGUUGGCUCCUCUCUACCCGGGGAGUGUAGUAUCGGAGCACUUCGAAGCCAGUUCUGUGCCAGCACGGAGGAAGAAGUUGACGUUGUGUGUGUCUCACUCUGUCGGUUUUUCAGGCUGUGGCUGCCUUGUGUUAGUGCCCUUUUCCAGACGGCGUACCCACGUUGCUGAGACGCACACGUCUGUUACAAUAUAUAUAUAUAUAUAUAUAUAUAUAUAUAUAUAUAUAUGGCUACUGCCGUGACGGUAGCGACUCUCUUGCUCCUUGGGACGGCGCCCUGUACGUACAUGCUUCCUCUCAUCCGCCGACACCUUUGUGACUAGGACUGAGCUCACGCACGGUGCCUUUGCCCGUGCGGGGAGCGCGUACCUCGUGUUGUUCCUAUCCCGACGCUAAGCCGAAGAAUGGGUGCCUAGUGCUCGCGCGAGGUCGUACCACGCCGAGCCGCACUCAUCGGAAGCCCAAGCCGAAGGAGAUUGCCCGAGCUCUCGCGAGUUGACCCAUCGGUUAUCGCGAGAGCAAGUAGCAUAGCCGCCGGGACUUUUCCUAGCGGCGCGUCCCAGCUUGAGCCUGUGCUCUCGCAGCGACGUGCUACAGGCGCCCCUAACUGUAUUGUUCGCCCUUGGUGCGGGACCCCUUUGGUUCCCCGCCGUCCCGGGACCGGGCGUUCGUGCAGUGUUGGGUGCCGUUGGAGACAAUAAACGGUUGCCGUCAACUUAGGGCAAUACUGUGUUCUUGCGUGCGUCGCUCGGUAGCCCCUUGUGGCCUGAGCUCGCGCGCAGCGGCGCUAGAGACUGACGGCUGACGCGGCCCUGUGGCUCGCUAAGCUCGAACCCGCGGUGGUCGGUACUCCUGUGAGACCCAAAGACCCCACAAUAUAUAUACGCACGCACAGAAGAACGCUUCUAGCGUCCUCUAGACUAUCUAGCGCGUAGUGAGUUGCUUGGCGCAGUACUUGAUCUGGGGUCAUUACAAGUCUGUCGGCAGUUUCUUUUUCUUUUUUCUUUUUUUUUUUUUUUUUUUGCACAGGGCAUGAGAUUUUACUCCGAGGAAAACUUCGUCAGCGACGAGUUCGUCUACAACAUAAUCAUUCAAACUGGCUACGAACCGGAGUCCGGAACGACUUCGGCGCUGGCGAUGCGCAUCGUGGGUGACGAGGCGUCCGCUCUUACCUACCUGUGUCACUGUGGCCCGGAGUUCAACGUGCUGACCGCAGGAUCACGUAUCGGAGUCUGCAUUACGUCCAGCUUCGACGUGGGCCGCGUUCAGGCCAUCGUCUUCGAGGUUGACCCGCGCUUCCCACGCUCCAACUGGUAUACGCACCUCUCCGGUACAGUUUUGCACGCUCUGUUUGCAUCAGUGUGUCUACGAGCAUGCAAGAGACGGAGAGUUCACGAUUGACAGUCAGUCGGUAGAAUCAGCGGAGAACUACGUUUCUCUGGGGGCAAUUAGUAGCAGGGGGACCCGGAACACGUAAAGGAAAUCUACGCCGACGAAUAAAUGUGCGUUUUCAGAGAGUACGGGAUGAAUUAUCGGGUCGUGACGCGCUAUUUUUGAAAAGAAAAGUGCGCAAUCAUUGUAUUCUACCAGUACUCACAUAUGGGGAGGAACUUGGAAAUUCAUAAAGAAGCUGUAGAAGGAGCUAAGGACUGCUGAGCGAGUGGCACAACGAAAACUUAUGUAUGCGUAACCUUAAGAGACUAGGGAAUAGCAGUGUGUAUUAGAGAGCAAAUGGUGGUAGCCGGUAUUCUAGCUGACCUUAUGGGGAAGAAAUGGAGUUGGGCAGGACGCGUAAUACUUAUGGCACAUAACCGGUUGCAUAUCACAAAGAUUUGCAGAACGGGUGCAAAAAGAAGAGAAACUUGCAGCCGAGUGCAGCAGAGAAUUACAUGGUGCAAUGAAAUUAGGAAGUUUGCAGGCUCGUGAUGGAGCCAGCGUACGCAAGACAUACAACUGUCUGAUAUGAAAAAGGCCUUCGUCCAGCGGUCGAUAUGAAAUAGACUGAAGAUGAUGACGUCUCCCGGUAUUCAGGUGUUCUUUUGCGUCAGUACGCCUCCGCUGGGUCAUUUACCCACGUACGAGUAUGUGUAUGUAUACUACAUUGUUUCGUUCUCCUGGCGGUUCGCAAAACCGCGCCAGGAAAGUGGACCGCGUGGAUUUGUGGGACCAAAGCCGGGCCCUGCACUACGUGUUCGUCAUCAACCGCGUGUUGCUGUUUGCCCAAAGGCUCACGGAGCGCCUCCCGCCCCUCGACGCCGAAGGUGGAGCUCAGGUGCCGGUCGGUGUGCGCUUCGCCAGGACCCUGCGGCAGUUCCACCUGGCGCUGAGCGUGCUGGAUUUUCCGUACGGGUCCCGGUUCACGCGCGUGCAACGGUUGGCCUCUGUAAUGGCACUCGGCCUGGACGCCAUGCUGGUCGACUGCGCACUGCACGGCUGGUGUCCCGAGCACGGCGGACCCGGCAUCAACCUCGGAAGCACGCUCCUCUCCACCGUCUAUCUCAGCGCCUUCUUAUUCAUCGGCACACUCGUCAUCACGUUCGCCUUCGAGUUCUGCUACCAAGGCGCCGACCGGGGCCACUGGCCGCGACCCGCAGACCUGGACCGCUUCUGCAAAACCCCCAAGACGAUGCGCGCUGCCGCAGCGUCGCUCGCAGAUUCCUCCAAGGAAGUCGCGUAUCGCCACUUCGGCAACCAGGAUGCCUCGCUUGUCUCCCCCAAGCAGGUGCAGUCCGAUGGCGCGUCCCUGUGGUCCAAGACGACGAUCAUGUCGCCUCAGGUUCCCGUCGACGCGGCCGCCAUUGUGGCGCACGCGGACGGCCUCCGGCUGCGGCAGUGCUACCCGUCCUACCGAGCGGCAAGACUGCUGCCCUGGGCGCUCGUGGUCGCCAGCAUGUUGCUGUCCACGCCCGUGGUCUGUGUGUGCGCGGCCUGCUACGACUUCGGCACCUGCGUCAGCUGGCUGCUCGCGCUGGCCGCGGCAGCAGCGCUCACGUGUUUCGUCCUCGAGCCGGCCAAAGCGUUGCUCAUCGCCUUCGUGUUUAGGGACUUCUGAUGAGCCACCGAUGCAUCGCAGGCGCUCCUUGCUGGGACGACGAUGUAACUGCUGUGCUCGCGCCGUUGUCGUUCCACGCGAGUUGCGACUAACCAUGUCUCCCUUGCCGCAAUUUCCACUAGCUGUUCUGUUUUUUUCAGUAUGCCCCUGUAUUCAACGGGGCAAAAGAAAACAGCGCUUUACGAAGGGACAUGAGGCAGACGACGUACACGGCCGGCUUACGUAUGUCGUCUGCUUCUUGUGCCCAUGCGUGUCGCAUCUUUAUGUUCUGUCCAAAAGUGCCGUUUAACUUUUAUUUCCUAUGUGUACAUCUACCGCCCCAAAUCAGCACUGCGUGAACGACGUGUCUCGUGUAUUUUGCCUUUGGUCGACUUCGUGACCGACUAUGCUAUUGAUCCUGUGCUUCUCAUGCACAGUUCUGUAUUUCGUCAAAGUUAAUUUGCGCUUACUGGCGUGUACAUGUCGAUAUAAUUUUCUUUUUCUCUUAAUCCACAAUAUACGCCUCGUGGGCAAGCUUAUAACGCAUCGCAUCAUUUUUGGAUUGCUCGCAGUGAAGUCGGCUCCGAGUCAACAUAUUUGCAAGUAACAACCUUGGCGGUGCAUCGGCCGGCCGCUGUGUAAAAUUCAAUCAAUCUCGGUCGUCUAAGGCAGGGCUGCGCGACGUACGAACGAGGGCAA